UUCACACACACAUAUACACUCACACACACUCAUCAUUUUACUCGCACACACACACACACACACAUACACACAUACAAACAACACUUGGAGGAAAAAAGACGCACCGAAAGACGCACGAAGGCUUUGUGUUGAUAAACAGAAGAGGAGAGAAGAAGAAGGAAACCCGGAUCAUUGCGGACCAAACGGGGCCAAACACUCACCCAGGUAUGGCGGCGGUGUUGCCGAGAACGCUCGGUGAGCUGCAGCUCUACCGAAUCCUGCAGCGAGCCAACCUGCUCUACUACUACGAGGCCUUCAUCCAGCAGGGCGGCGACGACGUGCAGCAGCUCUGCGAGGCCGGCGAGGAGGAGUUCCUGGAGAUCAUGGCCCUCGUCGGCAUGGCAAGCAAGCCGCUGCACGUGCGCCGCCUGCAGAAGGCACUGCGAGACUGGGUCACCAACCCGGCCAUCUUCAACCAGCCGCUAACGUCACUUCCUGUCUGCAGCAUCCCCGUCUACAAGCUUCCUGAGGGUUCGCCCACACUGCUGAGCGCUCAGGACCGCGCAAACACUGCUAGCGUCAAGAUGCCCAAAGCGGUCGCCGCCGCCUGCUCCGAUCCAGGGAAGUUAGACGUGGCAAGGGAUAAAGUCUCAGCCGGGUCGCCGCUCCAGGGAAGCAGCGAGGCUCGGUUCUGGUCGGGCCACAGCAACGACAGCGAGCACAGUUUAUCACCGUCCGACCUCGGCUCCCCGUCUUCGCCGAGAGACGCUCUGGAAGCUCUAGACGCCGCCGCCGUUCAGUCGGUGCUGGAGUGCGUGGACAGGAUGGCUCCGGGUCUCGCCAAGACGGACCCGACCGAGGUGAAGGAACAGCUGAAGAACAACAAAAAGCUAGCGAAGAUGAUCGGGCACAUCUUCGAAAUGAGUGACGACGACCCGAGGAGGGAGGAAGAGAUUCGUAAAUACAGCGCCAUCUACGGACGAUUCGACUCCAAGAGGAGAGACGGCAAACACCUGACGCUCCACGAGCUGACGGUGAACGAAGCAGCGGCUCAGCUCUGUAUGAGGGACAUGGCUCUGCUGACGCGCCGAGACGAGCUGUUCGGACUCGCCCGGCAGAUUUCCAGAGAAGUCACCUACAAAUACACCUACCGCACCAGCAAGUCUCGGUGUGGAGACAGAGACGAGCCGUCCCCAAAAAGGAUUAAAACAGAGGAGAACUUCUUCGACAUCCAGGAGGCGCUGCAGGCCAUCCACAUGAGGCAGGAGAUGCUGAGGGAGCAGCUGGCCUGCGCUAAGUCGAAAGGAGAGGAAACUAUCGGACGGAAUCUGCAGAUGCAGCUGGAGCGUCUGCUGGCGAGGCAGAUGGAGAUCCUUCAGGACGCCGCCGUACAGGAGCGACUCCAAGCUCUGGACUGGAGGAUCCCCCCCGCCGCCUUAAAGUACCUCAACGACGCCCAUAACACCAACGGAGCCGCUAGCGAAUCCAGCAGAGACAACCAAGAUGAACGACCAAUCAACUUGCGGGUGGUUAGUCAAAACAUGCAGGAAGGCGACCUCCCGUUGGGGAAACAGCUAGCCAAUGAGCUGAAGCGCCAUCACAACCACAACAACAGCAACAACAACAACAACACAGACGAGACCAAAACACCAGCAACAGAAAACGGGACGUCGCAGCGGGCAUCGAGCAACGCAGAAAAGAAAACCAUCAAGUCAGAGCCGGAAGACUCCACAUAGUGCCUCCCGCCUCACCCCCCUCCCCCUCCACCCCCUCCACCCCCUCCACC